AUGCGCAUCUCUCAGUUAUUUGCUGUGACUACUUGCGUCACCAGUGUUCUCGCUUGUGCGAAGCAUGAUAAUCACUAUUCGCUUAAAAACAAGAAGCGACACAUUGACCCCCGCGCCGAUCCCGGAAGCAAAGACUGGGCUUAUGAAGCUUCUUACAACUGGGGCCGCAUCAACCCUGACUAUCAUCUCUGUCAAACGGGAACCCAGCAAUCACCCAUUCCAAUCGCGCUGAAACAGGGUCUAUCCCUCGAGCAUCUGAUCAAACAUUGGGGCUACCCUGACGAGAUCACCGGCAACUUCUUCAACUGGGGCUACGGACCAGCCUUCACCGUCCAAAACGAAGAUGGCAUCUGGACCCAGAACCCAUCCUUCAGCUUUGACAACGAGACAGUCUACCUGAAAGGCUGGCACAUCCACGCUCCCGCCGACCACACAGUCGAACGUCAUCGCUCAAGAGCAGAGCUUCAUCUCGUCCACGUCAACGAACAAGGCAAGGAGCGCGCCGUGCUGGCCAUUCGUCUAGACCCAGGAAAUAAAGAGAACAGUUUCUUGGCACAGCUGCCCAAGAUGAUUGGGUUCAAUGAGACGGAGACUGCAGAAGAGACGACGCUUAAUCACAAGUUGCUUCUAGAGAGUGUACAGUAUUUUGACGAGUUUUGGACUUAUGAGGGGAGUUUGACUAGUCCGCCUUGUACGGAGGGUAUUCGGUUCUUUAUUGCGAGGCAAAUUAUGUUUACGAGCGUGAAGCAGAUGAGGGAUAUCUUGGGAGCGUCGACUUAUAGUGCGAGGGAGGAGCAGUUGGUUUGGCGCCAUCGGAUCAAUGUUUAG